AUGGGCUUUCUGGUGAUCAACGAGAUAUUCGAUAGUUGGGUUGAAGGAAAAGCUGAUCUAGAUUUUCACCUCAUCUUCGAGGAUUGGCGAGAGCCUGAUCUGCGCGCUUUGAUCCGACGAGAUCGAAAUCACCCAUCAGUCAUUCUAUGGAGCUACGGUAACGAGGUCAAGGAACAGUCUAGCGAUGACGAGGGCGCGGCAGAGAUUUCAGUCUACCUACGUGACAUCUGUGACCAAGAGGAUUCAACUCGACUUACCACAUCGGCUAUCAACUUUUCUUCUCCGAACUCGUCGCUGGCUCAGACUCUGGACCUCAUCAGCAUCAACUACCAAGGUGAGGGCAUCAGGUAUGGCCCAGCGUACGAGUACCUGACCGGGAAUAAGAAGACGCCCCAAUACGAUGCCUUUCAUGAGGCCUUUCCCGACAGGGUCAUCACGAGCAGUGAAUAUGCGUCAUCUCUCAGUCUCCGCGGGUCUUUCUCGUUUCCUGUCACGCCAUACAACAGUGCACCAGUCAACAGCACAUAUGGAGAUAUUCCGAACGAGAAGGGCGUUAGUGCCUACGAGCUGUACACAGCCCAAGCUGGGUCAUCGCCCGAUCGGACAGGAUGGGACUACAUCGGGGAACCCUACUACCACAAGGGCACCCGAAGUGGGAACUGGGGAAUAGUCGACCUGGCUGGUUUGAAAAAGGAGCGGUUCUGGCUGUACCAAGCUCGCUGGCGACCCAACUUUCCAAUGGCACAUAUAGUUCCUCACUGGACCUGGCCGAACCGAACUGGGGAGGUUACACCUGUUCACGUCUUCUCAUCGGGUGAUGAGGCCAAGAUCUUUGUCAACGGCGAGUCAAAAGGUCGAAGAACUCGCGAGAGCGACCCGGGUUUCCAUCGGUUCAAGUGGGAUGACGUGAAGUACGAGUCGGGAGAAUUGCACGUUGUCACAUACAAGGAUGGCAGGGAAUGGGCAAAUGAUACCGUCAGGACUACGGGCGACGCUGUUGGAAUUCGACUGAAGGCGGACCGUGACAAGAUUGUGGCUGACGGCGAGGACGUUUCAUUUGUUACGGUCGAGGUUGUGGACGAUGACGGGAAUGUGGUACCGUUGGCAAAUAACAUGAUAUCGAUGUCGGUGGUAUCUGGGCCGGGCGAAAUCGUUGCCACAGACAAUGGACAUCCGGGGGACUUUACAGCGUUUACGUCCAAAGAACGACAGGCAUUUCAUGGUCUACUAUUGGCGAUCGUCAAGUCUACCGGUGCAGGGGAUUCCAUCAUCACAGCAAACAGUAUCGGAUUGAAGUCUGCGAGUCUUCCUUUAAUAGCUAGUUAA